UCGCAUUCGGGACGGAUCGAAUCGGGAAUCGUUCAGUUAAAUUUAGUGUUCUGACGAAGCGCAGUGAAAUGGUGACAAACCGAAACGAAAUAGAAAAUGCUAGCAGUAUUGAGCUGAAAACAAAGGAAAAGGACUUCAGUGAGAAUCUGACUUCCGGUGUGUCGAAAAAUGCGAAACCAUACCGUUCGCAUCGAUGUGUGACCCUCGUUGGGCUUACGAUUCUGCUACUGCUCGCGAUUGGAGUUGGAACUGUUCUGUUUCAUGAGGAUGUGAUGAACUUUUUUACAGUAGAGCAAACAGAACAUAUGACUACCGUGCUCAAUGGCAUUGACUACGGUAUUGAUCCUGAUACCAGUAGUUUAUCAAGUGUAAAUCCUACAGCUUCCGUGCUCGACGGUAUUGAUCUUGGCAUCGACCCAUUGGAAUCCGAAGACGAAAUAGUCUUACCGACAAAUGAGGAUGAUGAUGAUUCAGUGAUUUACAUCGAUGUCUCAACUGCUAACCGUAAGCCGUCGAUCAUUUACGAGGACGAUGAUGGCAGUGGUGAGAGCGGCAGUGACGAUGGCAGCGCAGAUUAUUAGCGAGAACCUGGCUGGAAAAUAUACUGACAAAUGAGUCGCGUGCAGCUCGAUUGCCCCCGUUUUUUUUGUGUGAUAAGGUUCGAGUUAUUUCUGGUCGUGUUUUAACAACAGUGCUUGUAAAUAUAACGAAAUGCGAUUUAUGAAUGGGAACAAUGUAGUUUAGGUAUUAUUGCAUUUAAUUUAUGUUGAUUAAAGGAUUCCCGUCCUGUUGAAUUGUU